AAUGCGCCUCCGUCUAAUGCGCUACUUGUUGCUGGACCUGUUGGGCUUGUGGUGCCCUGUGCUGGACUGUAUGGCCCAGGGCAAGAGCGGUCAGCAACUGGGAGGCAUUGUGGUGGUCUCCGGCCAGAACACCUCAAAAGAACCGGGGGCCCCCGAAAUGCCUCCGAAACCUGACCGGUGCCGGGGCUACUACGACGUAAUGGGUCAGUUCGACCCUGCUUUCAAUUGCAACACAAGUAUCUACCAGUACUGUUGUGGAACGUGUGGCUACAGAUACUGCUGCCAGUUCAAAGAGUCCAAGUUGGACCAAAGCAUUUGCUCCAAUUAUGACACCCCGAACUGGGCGAACGCGAGCAAGUACCCUCAGAGACCAGACGAAAGUACAUUUGAUCACGCCAGGGAUAAAACGAACUUAAUUGUUUAUUUCAUUUGUGGCGUCGUGGCUAUCAUGGUCCUGGUGGGUAUUUUCACCAAACUUGGACUCGAGAAAUCGCAGAGACCUCAGCGAGAACUGAAUGUCUCCAGGGCUCUGACAGAUGCAAUGAAACAACAGGGGCAAUGUACCACCAGUCAUUUAGAACGAGAUGGUAAAGUUGCAAUUCACGUGCAACAUGAAAGCAUGCAGCCAACCACUUCAAGGAACAAUUUUGAGUGUGCUAUCGAAGCCCCCAGACUCUUCGGAAUUGAUCAGACCAUUCCAAAGUUUCAGAAAGUAAAAUUCAGAGACCAGACACAGAUGAAUAAUGUGGGUCCGACCUACCCUCUGAUCCCACAGAUGGCCCAACCUCAUUCUUAUUCCACCUUGGGCCAAGGUUCUCAUUCCUUUGAACAGCAAGUCCCUGGCAAGGAACUGAACAAAUACGCCUCACUAAAAGCAGUGGCUGAAAAGGCAAAUGACGACUUCUUUGCUAAGCGCCAACAUUUUGCAGAACUUGCAGCAAAAGGGACCUUGCCCCUGCACCCAGUGCAGAUGCCGAUGGACCAUGAUGACCCAGUGCAUGGCUCGGACACCUUCAAUGCCAAGCUGCCCGGGCAGAGGAACAAAAUCACCAAGAUGCACACGCAUCCAUUGGUCUUCGAUUCUGACUACAAAACCUGGGACACAAACGACACUACCAUCCGCCGGCAGGCCUAUGCCAACAAGAGACCCUGCACGGUGGGUCCGCUGGCUGAGAAAGCCAGCCCUCAGGCACAGCACUACCUGGGGCAGCAGCCGUACUUUGUAACCAACAGCAAAACAGAAGUGACCGUGUGAUGAUCAGCAACUUUUCUAUUUAAAGAAAAUGAAUAAAGAAACCUGUUGUUCAAGAAUUACCUAUCCCAGAAUUGGAAGAGAUUUGAAAUGUGCUCUAGUUGUCAUCUAAUGCGAUUGGGCUAAGGUAUCUGAAAUAUGAGCAAUACACACUGAAGGGUUAAUAACAAAGGACUUUCAGUUGAAAAAAUAAGUUGUGAAUUUUCUUAAACAAAAUGACCAGUUCAUAUUGCAAUAGCACAUUUCAGUUUUCUGUUGGAGGCUAUUGGGACGUGUGAAUGUUUAAGACAAUUGGGAGCAUGCUUUCUGUAGUUUUCUAACUUCCUCUAUGUACUUGGAAAAGGAAGGGUGGAUACAGCAUACCCUGUCUUAAACAGAGAUUUUUGAUCAGCUUGCUGACUCUCAGCUGCCUUCAGUCUCAUUGGGAAGACUGGGUAAUGUAGGUUGUGCCUUUACUCUAGAUAAUGAAGCCGUUCACAUUGGUCAUGGUUGGCAACCCACUUUCUAAUCUCUACAAAUAAUAGUGCUGCAUUCUGUACCUUGUUCAAGAGAAUGGUUUAGUAGGCCAUUAAGAUCAAAUAAUAUCACUGGGUUGCAUUCUAUGUUUAUCAAGUACAACUCUCGAAUAUUUCCUCUCAAUUAAUUGGUGUCAUAGCCACUCGCAGAAGGUCCUGAGGUUAGCAGCUGAAAAAAAAAUGAGCGAUGGAAAAUAAAGAUGCACUUCGUUCUAUCCUGUUUUCAGAAAGGAAUCACAAAUUGUGCUCUACUACUCCCAUCAUCGUUGUUUUUAUAUCGAGGGUACAAUUUUUAAUUAGGGAAUGUGCAUUUGGAUUUGGUAAACGACAAAUGAUUAUCUGGGGGCAAUUUGUUUUCACUUGAGUGAAAUGUGUGUGAUGGUUUGGUUCAACAGGACGUCCUACAUUAUUUGCCUCCCGGAUGCUUUAAUUACUUCUGUUUGGAACAGAAAAUGGGGCCCUGACAGAGUUCUAAAACCUGCACCCCAUCGAGUUAAUUUAUUAUAUAUACGGUAUACUGUACUCUAAACGAAAUUUUUAUUCUCGCUUCAUGAAACACAUAGUUUCCUGUUUUAUGGGCUGCAUAAUGUUAUAUUCAUAAACCCUAUAGAUUUUCAGUCCAAAGGCUAAAAGAAGAGACCUUUAAUUCAUUUCUCAGUAGUCUACUCCAUCCAUAUAUGCUAAUACUAUUCAUCUUAUGGGUUUAAGCACCUCAGUGAGCCACCAACUUAAUGUAAGUGGAUCUUCGGUCUAGCCUUGCGUUCUGCUGUCUCUCAAGGCUGCCGGAAAUGGAAGAUUAGCUCUGCAGCACAAUUUUGGAGUAUUGGAGGUAAGGAUAGAUUUUAUACUGUCUGCUGGCACUGGACUACUGAAGUGCAAACAAUGUUUCGUUGCCCAGAUUCAAUAGACUUCACUGUGAUUGGUGCAAAGCUGCACCAUAAAUAAAUGAGUAGAAACAUGCAAAAAGCCACUGAAGCAGCUUUUAAACUAAGUCUCAGCAUUGAGUGGGAAGAACGGCCUAUUGUGCCUCCCUUGCUCCAAAUUCACACUUAGUUAACAGGGAAUUUUGGCACAAGUGCCAAGUGGAUAAUUUCCCAAAUCCAUAGUUGGCAUGCUCGGAUUCACUUGUGGGUGAGGACUUUAUUUAGCUAGUUACUGCAGGCGCAAAGUAGUAGGCCGUGGCUUGCAGGCAUGUCCUGGCUGGAGUUUGAGGUAGAGGUGAGGUGGAGGGACAGGACAGAGAAAUGGAUACUUCAUGAAAAAAGACCAGCAUCGGAAUGGAAGAUUUAUGGGAUUCAGAGCCAUAUUUACAUCCCUUUAGUCCCAUAAAAUCCUUAUAGAAAAUAAACAUCUUAUGGUGAAACCUUAGAAGAACGUUUGCAGGCUGUUAUCUAACCUUGUUGGUGCCUGGAAAUACAGGCAUGGAGUCACUCAACUGGAACCAGGCCAAAUUUAUAAACUUAAAUCAUCUUUUUGAGAGUCUGGACACAACUGCUGUUUGCUUAUUUAAGGGUCUGGUUGAAAGUUGAUUCUCAAGAACCCUUCUUUGUGGGACCAUUGGCAAUGCUCAUUCAUAGCUGGUCACGCCAAGAUGAUUUUUGAUCUAAAAGGGUGAAUGGUGAGCAGGGCUGAGGAGAGCAAGGAAAUAGGAGGGAAUUUGACCGAUGGCCAUCAAUCCGUAAGACUUCUUUACUAUAGAAGUAUGCAUAAGGAUAGGGAGGCCUAAGUUUCUCUGAAGAAUACAGCAUGUGAUGAACUGAAUACAUUGCAUGACUACCUUUUCCUCCCCGCAUUUCUGCUUUUAUUGUUCACUCUCCUGUUCUGUGACUGCAACUUUCCAUUGUAGCAGUCUUACAUUUCAAUAACUGAGCAAGCCAGCAGUCCUUAAUUGUGGCACUUUAAGUCCUCAAGGCACCAAACAGAGUAUUACUUUGUUUUUUGUGUGAAUGUCAUUCACUGAUACAAUGGUCUUUCUUUCUCUACAGCCUGUGGCAACAUUUCUAAAGAAAAUCCUUCCCAAUAUUUUGCUCAAUGUUUAACCUUCACGCAGCAUCCUAGCAUCCAGCGACAUGGGCAUUGUCACACUUGCUGUGUGGUUGUUGGCUGCAUUGUUCCUACCUUGCAAAUGUGCCUGCAUUUCAAGAGAUCUUCACUAGUUGUAAAGUGUUUUGGAAUGAUUUCAAAGGGAGAUCUUCCUCUCCCACACUUCUAUGUACCUUAUUUUCUUGCUUGUCUUUCCUCCUGUCUUCUGCUUCUUAGUUCAGUUUGCAUUCAAACCAUUAUUUGUUGUAGGAUUCACCUAAUGUCAUGCUCACAUAACUGUAGAAUUUGAGGAUCAUUAGCGAUAUGGGGAUUUUGAUUUCCCAACCGUAACAUUAUUUAACAUGCCUAUUAAGCAUUCUCUCCACUUAAUGGCAGUAUUUUCAAGGCAAUUUAGCAGCAAUUUUUGGACCCAAUAUUGCAGCAAUGUUUAAAUGGUGUUUAUAUCUUCCUAAUACCAGAAGCAUCUGGCAUUGGUACUUGUGCUGUCCAAGUUGUGAGAGCUUUUCAAUGGCCCUCCUCAGAGGUUACUGCAGAGAGCUCAUCAGAAAUAAUGCGAGGAGUGUCAGCCACAGAGCCAGGAGUAAAAGGAGACACCAAUUCUAAUUGAGAUGAUUUUUAUUUUUUCUUGAGCAAAUUGCUCAAAGCUUAUAGCUGUUUGAGUCUCUCCCCUUCAAUGUUGCACCCAGUUUUCCUGCAUUAUAGUCCAGAUCACCCUCACUUCGAUGUAUUCAUGUACAGUACUUGGAAUAAAUGUUACACGACAGUGAGUGUUGGCUGGGGGAGAAAAAAACAUUGUUUGCUUGUUAUGCUCACUGCAAGUCCUCAAGUUUGCUGAAGGCAGAGUGUUUACCUCACAGAAGUGACAGGCUCAGACUCAAGGACGCAAAAAGAAGUAAAUAUUAAAAUGUUCAUGUUUUAAUUCCACAGAGGAUUAAUUUGGUUUAGUGUAUAAGAAUUUAAACAGUGUACAUAGAUCAAAAUGCAGAUUAUAGCCACAUUUUAAUAUGUCCUUGCCCAGCAAUUGAUAUUAUUCAAGUACCAUUGACCCUGCCGCAUUUCUGCUUUAUGCUGUGUACAUGUCUACUGUGGAAUUAAUGUUGUGGUAUUGCUGCACAUUUUAUAUAAUAGUCGAUGUAACAGAGUUUUUCUGAAUGCUUUUUCUUGUUAUGUGCAUAAAAUAUUAAGGAAACUUUGCUGUGCAUUUGUGCAUCUUUUCUUUUUAUUUUUCCUCAGCAAAAACCCCAAAGUUGUACUUCGCUCUCUCUCACUGGAGAGUCUGACAUUCCAUGGAUUCAAAAUGUUCCCCCUCUAUGAUGCUCUGGCUAAGAGGAGAAAAUGAAUUCAUAGGAAAAUUUUAGUGCAGUUCACUCCAUGAUGCAGGCCAAUGGCAUAUUAAUCUGCCUGUUGAAUAUUCUGACACAUUUAAGCAUCAUUUUACAGCCAAUUACAGUUAAUGCUUGAUUGCCUUAAAGAAAUCUUUUGACUUAUUAAGAGUCAAUGAGAGUGUUUUAUACCCACACUGAGACAUGUACAAGAGGACACCAAGGUGCAAGUAGAGCCCUGGCCACCUGCACAUCCAUAAGACCAUAAAAUAUAUGAGUAGAAUUAGGCCAUUCCACCCAUUGAGUCUGUUCUAUCCACAGUCCAUCCAGUCUAUCACAUGAGGAAAAAGGACAAAUAUGAACACAUUCACUCAUAACAUCGUGGAUGGGUUUAGGCUCCCCAUCAAAAGCAACCAAAUUUAAGAUCUUGCCUAUGUACUGUGCCAUCAACAAAUGUUUCAGAUGGUGGGAUUAACAAAAUUAACCCGUGUUCCGCAGAACAGAAUGAGAGGUGGCAAAGUGGAGGAUGUCUAUCAAAACACCAAAGGGAGAAGCACCUUUGUGUUCAAUUCAGUUCAAGAGCUGGGUCAUUCAGAAAUCCCACUUAACGAUCAUGGUCAUGAUGCUGCCCUACAGUGGAUGCAGCAGAGCCUGAGUAUAAUGCACAGACUUACUGAAUUACAGGAGGACAGUGAGAAAUUGGACUGUUUCAGUGAAUAGGUAAUUCUUAAGAGCAGGGCUUCCUACUGUGGAUCUGAACGCAAAGACUAUUGUCCUAAAUGAUGAGAAUGAGAUGUGGGUGAGGCUGGAAUCAGCCUUGUUGAUGGUACACUGUAUUUGCAGACCCUAGUUGGAUUACUACAGUAAAUGGAAUGAAACCUAAAGACCUAUGGAUGUCUCUGGAGUCAUAUUACAUCAUCACAAAAUGAAUCAUUGUCUUCAGAAGAGAAUUUGGUAGGGAAAGAAGUAAGGAGAAGUAAAAAAUUAUUCUUUUGUGCCCCACACAAUAACAUCAGUCAGAUCGAGGUUUGCUUUCCUAGUCUGAAAUGGAAGUUGGCAUAAUAUGACAAUACCUUAACAAGUGUUAUUUAAGUCCUUUCCUUGUUAUCGUUUGCUUAUCUGUCCCUGGACACUAACUCUGAGAUCAUAUCACAGACAGACAGACAUACUUUAUUGAUCCCAAGGGAAAUUGAUCCCAAAGGAAUCACUACAGUAACUGAUUCUUGAUUUGAUAAAACAUUAUACAGAAUUCAAUGAUUUCAGCUAAGGAAUCCAAAAUCAGAUUAUUUUCUUUUUACAAGAGCAAUUUUAGACUUAACAGUACUCUGAGUGACAGUUUCCCCACUAUUCUAAAGCCAAUAUAUCAAUUCAAUAGUGUACCCAAGAGCUUAUUGGUAACUGUUGAUUGCAGUACCAUGCACCAAUAUCAAAACUAAGAAGAGUAAUUUGGAUUUCAUCUCAGUUUGUGCCCUUUUCAUUUAUGACCAGCUCAAAAGCUUAAAAAAAGCAAAUUGAGGAAAGUAAAUAUUUUAAAUAUUGUGCAACUAAGAUCAAUUUUACAAUAGCAAAUGCAAGAUCUUGAUCUAUAGAAAUCAGGAAGAAAAGGCAGGGCAAGAUGAAAGAAGCAGUAUGAUUCCUUAACAAUUGGUUUUUUGUCUUUGCUUUGCAUCUGUACUGAGUUGUGCAAAGUAAAUUAUGAGAAAAUAAACUGCUUUAUAUUAAGAUUAUGGAGUCAUACAACAUAGUAAAAGGUCAUUUGGCCUUUCAUGUCCAGGUCAACCAUCAAUCAUCGACCUACACUAAUCCUAGUUACUAGCACUUUAUUUGCAUUAUUUUCAAACUUCAAAUUAAGUUCUGCCUAAUAAUAUAAAACCUUAGAUAUAGGAGUAGAAUUAGGCCAUUGCCCACUGAGUCUGCUCUGCCAUUUCAUCCCUCUCAGCCUCUGUUUUCUACUUGUAGCCCUUCAAGCGCUGAUUAAUCAAAAAUCUAUCAACUUCUGCCUUAAAAAUAUCCAAUGACUUGGCCUCCAAAGCCACCUGUGGCAAUGAAUUCCACAGAUUCACCACUCUCUGGCUAAAGAAAUUACUCUUCACCUCCAUCCUAAAUGGAUGUCCCUCGACUCUGAGGCUGUGUCCUCUGGUCUUGGUCUGAGGUAAAUCUCAAUUUUUUAUCAGGGCGAUGAGAUAUAUCACAUUAAAGGAGUGGACUAGUGCUUGGGAUACUAAUCCCUGCAUCCCUAACAGUCAGAUGUUGGGAAUUCAUUGUUUCCUUAUCAUUAUCUAUGUCUGCGCAUUUCCUAUUGUGCAAUCUCUCAAGAAGAGCAGUGACAUUUUUGACAAAUGCUGUUCUGAGCUUAACGAUGAAAAAUCAUAAAUAAUUAGCAACUGUACGUGAUCACAGGCCAGUUUAUAAUCUUUAUAAUAUAGUGUACAGCUUUUAGCUUUUUAUUUUACUUUGGUGCUAUAUUUUUGCCAUUAGCUUCCAAGAGUAUCAAGCAGAUCUUUAAUCCUUUAGUCCCCAUGAGUGAGUGAGCGCUGAUUCCAUUUCAAGGUUUCCAAUUUACAAAACAGCUGGCCAAUAUUUUGAUCAGAGUCACCUUGAUGCCCUUCAUCAGGUGAGCGAAUCUGAAGGAUUUAUUUACAACAGUAACUAAUAACUAAUGUCAUGCAGUUUGGAAAUAAUUUAAGUGUAUAUGCAUAAUUAUUUUGCUAUGUGUAUUGUCUUGCUGUGAACUGCUAUUAAAGAGCUUGUAAAAAUAACAUAAUUUACAAUGUCAUCUAUAGUCUUGGUUGAAAUAUUUCUGGUUACGUUAUGUUUAUAUUAAAUGUUGAAAUAAUGUUUGUAAAGAAAUCUUUCAAUGUAUUGAACUAAAAAUUUCUUACUUGGCAAUAAAACUUAUA